AUGUCAGAGUACGGUAACUAUGGCGAUUACUCGACGACGUCGUAUGGCGGCCAAGGCGGUGCUGGCGGAGGUGGCUUCAUGGUGGACAGUAGCCAGAGCCCUGGAAGCGCGGCAAAGGGAGUCUGGAAAGAUACCUUAAGGCCUGUCACCAUCAAGCAGAUCAACGAUGCCGUCAACACACAGGAGUCCGACUUCAGCAUUGACGGGGCCGAGAUAGCACAGAUCACCUUCGUCGGCCAGAUUCGCAACAUCUCGAACCAGGCGGUCAACAUCGUCUUCAAGCUUGAUGACGGCACGGGCAUGACAGAGGUCAAGCUAUGGAUCGAUGCCGACGCUCCGAAUCCUCUCGAACCCGCCGACGGCUCGAAGCCCACCCUCGUCGAAAAUGCCUAUGCUCGCGUCUGGGGCAAGCUGAAGUCGGCUGGCAACAAGAGAAAUGUCGUCGCGCACAUCAUUCGCCCUAUAAACGACUAUAACGAGAUCUCCUACCACCUCCUCGAGGCUACCGCUGUGCACCUGCACUUCACACGAGGGCCUCUUAACGCUGACGCGAGUAAGCCUGCCGCUGCCAACGGUGGCGAUGUGCCAAUGGGCGGCUACUCAGAUGCCAAAAGAGGAGCACCGGCCCACCUCAGUGAUGGGGCAAAGAAGGUCUGGAACGCUCUGCGGGUCUCGCCGCAAGGUAAUGACGGCCUUCAGAUGCAUGCGAUUGCGGUGCAGACAGGAAUGACCUUGGCGGAUGUUGCCACGGCAGGCGACGAGCUGCUUAGCGCAGGCACGAUCUACUCGACAGUGGAUGAUACCACCUGGGCGCUGCUUGACGUCUGA